CCAUGAGCGCGCGGUUCUUGCGAGCCUGGCGGGGCGGGUGGGGCGGGGGCCGCGGGAGGGGCCACGCGACCCCCGCGGGGGAGGCCCCGAGGCGCGAGAAGCCCCCCUGGCGAGUCCUCUUCUUCGGCACCGACCACUUCUCCACAGAGAUCCUCCGAGCGCUCCAGGCCGCCCGAAUGCCAAGGCCAGAUCACCUUGUGGAUCACCUGGAGGUGGUGACCCUGCCACCCAGUCACUCAAAGGUACUUCCUGUGAAGAAGUAUGCAGAGCAGUUUCAUCUUCCUGUCCACAUCUGGCCAGAUGUAGGUGCCUGUGAGAAUUUUGACGUUGGCGUGGUGGCAUCAUUUGGACGUUUGCUUAGUGAGGACCUCAUCCUAAAGUUCCCCUACGGCAUGCUGAAUAUCCACCCCAGCUAUCUUCCGCGGUGGCGUGGCCCUGCACCAAUUGUCCACACCGUGCUUCAUGGAGAUACAGUAACCGGGGUCACAGUUAUGCAGAUCAGACCUAAGAGGUUUGAUGUCGGUCCAAUUAUAAAACAAGAAGAAUUUGCGAUUCCACCCCGUUGCUCAGCAAAAGAACUGGAGCCAUUGUUAUCCAAGGAAGGUGCAAACAUGCUGAUUGCCGUUUUGCAAAACUUACCUGAAAGUUUAACCAAGAAGAAAGAACAACCCAAAGAAGGAGUAACAAAUGCUCCUAAAGUCACUGUUGCAAUGAGCUGCAUUCAAUGGGAAGAACAAACUGCUGAGCAGAUACUAAGGAUGCAUCGUGCCUUAGGAGCCAUGAUGCCUCUAAAGACGCUGUGGAUGGGUUCCAGUGUAAAACUAUUGGACUUUGAAGAAGAGGAAAUUCUACCAGAUUUUACUGAUAAAGUUGUAGCUGAGAAAGAGGCAAUUCCAGGGUUGGUGUUGUACCACAAACAAUUAAAGAUCCUGGUGAUCCGGUGCAAGGUAGCGGCCAUCUCUGCUGAAACAAACAGGUCAAGACUGACUCACGAGCAAAGAGAACACCCUUGGAUGAAAAAGGGAAAGCACAUUAGGAAUUGCAGGACGUCUUCAACUUAAGAGCCCCAAAUUUCUGCUGCUCAGCAAGACAGCGCUAAGCGAGUGAGUUUUGCCCCAUUUUACGACUUUUCUUGCCGCGUAUUUUAAGUGAAUCACUGCACUUGGUCACAUGGUUGCUGUUGCUUCCCUGAUCUUGCAUUAUCAGUGAAAUUGGCUGCAGAAUUUACAACUGACUGAAAAAAAAAAUACUCCCUUGGAUCAAGAUCAAGGAUACAUUCAGAAAAAAAGCUCACUUUGAGAGUUGGUCUAUUAGGAAUCUGUAUGGCUAUAGAAUUUUUCAAAACAUAAAGAGACACCCCCCCUCCCCCAAAAAAGAAACAACCAAGGAAAAACUAAUCAUCUAAAACACUGAAUAAAAAUAUAACACUUGUAAUAAUACUUAUAAUAAUUUUAAAGGUUCAUGUCACUUGUCUCAUAUCAACAGAAAUCUAUAAAGAGGAAAGGGAAGGGAAGAAGGAAGGAAGGAAGGAAGGAAGGACACAUGAUGGGCUAUUAUAAUCUCAUAAAUCAAAUGGCAAAAUCUUUUUCCUUUUAAUUAAAAGGAAACAGUGACAAAUAUUUGUUUACAGUAACAGGACAUGAAAUUAAAUUAAAAGCAGGCUCAUACAGCCCUGUGGACUUGGAACUGAAGCUAGUCUAAAGAAGAUGUGAUUUUGCUUUGGCCACAGUUCUUUAUUGAUAUUCAAGUUUUCACAUUGUUUUAUGAUAUGUUAAAACAUGCUGUGGCAGAACGAACUCGCCAUUCCAAAGAAGCAUCUUAACAUUCCGAAGAGAAAUACAAUCAGGCUAAACGCCCAUUUUGUUUCUUUCAUUUUUGUUUCUCAGAUAUACAAUGUAAACUAAGCUAUUUUAAGUUAGUGACGGUGUGAGUUAAAUCUCAAAGGUUAGGUUUCUGCUUUAAGAGGGAGAACUAAAUUUUCUUUUGAAAACUCCUACUAGAGAUGCCACUGAUGGCCGACUUAGGUUACCAAACAGGAGGAGAGGAGUGGGAAUGGUGAUACUGGAAUUGUAGUCGACCCCAAGCAGAAUGUGACUCAGCAGCUUGUGAAGCCACAAAGAUGAAUGCGUUUGUGGGUUGCAUCCAUAGAAAUGCUGUUCUCAAAUAACAGAGAGUUGUUCCAUUGGAAUCUGUGCUGCUGAGACCCUUCCUCCAGUUUUGAAUCAGAAACUGGAGCAACCAGUGCAAUCACUAGAAAUCUUUUGAAGAGGGUCUGAAAACAUUCAGACUACUUAAUCCAGUGUUUCUCAACCUUAGCAUGCUGGAGAUGUGGGGACUGGCUUCCAGAAUUCCCCAGCUGUGGAAUUCUGGGAGCUGAAGUCCACACCCCUUCAGCUUGUUGAUGCUGAGAAACACCUAUUUAAUGCUGAAGAGUUGUGGCAGCCUAUAACGUCAUGAAAUUCCUGAAAGGGCUGAACAUUCAACUUUUUGAUUGCUCCUUUUUGGGGGGAUUUAAGGAGAAAAUUGGGUGUCUGAAAUCUUCAAAGCUGUUAGGCCUCCAUUUUCUCUCUUCAACAUCCCCAUGGGAAAAAGAAUCAGCCCAAUUUCAGGAUCAUACAUCUUAAGGCUUGCAGGGUUUAAGGCAUCUGUUCUCCCUCUUAAAGCGAAACCUUCAUGAGGUCCCCAGAUUUUAGAUUUGCCCGACUAACUCUGAGAAGUGAGGGCCUUUUGUGACUUCUUGCCUCAAGUCAGUGAAGGCUUUUCAGAAUGCCAAACAAGCCCACCCUUUUCAAAAACCUGGGACUUUCUGAUUUUUACCACUAUAUGUAAGUUUGAAAUAAAUCGCUUUUUUCCAAAAGGCAGCUGGACCUUCCUGUUUUUUUCUUUGAAAAUGUUUCGCUUCUCAUUCAAAAAGGUUCUUCGGUUCCAACUUCAGAACUUCUUAGACGAGAAGCGAAAUGUUUUCAAAGAAAAACAGCCUUUGGAAAAAGCACCUUUGAGACAACCACAACCUUUAUGAUGGGAGAAUCUCCAUAGACAUUUGAAAUAAAUCCACUUUUCUUCCGUCUUUACUCCUCCUGUUGUCACCUUGUCACCUGUCUUCCCGUGAUGCCAGAAAGAUUUGAACGGCCAUCUUGAAACUAGGGAGAUCAUUCCAGAUACAUUUUAUUUCUUCCUCCUGUUUUAAUGGAUGCACGCACCAUAAAAUAGACAAAAUAGUCGAUAAUGAGGAAACCAAGAGUAACAGGAAAGCCAACAGAUCUCUUCAGGCAGAAAAAUUAAGUCUUUCUUUUUUUUUUUGAUCCACUUUUUUUUCUUUUAAAGGAAGGCUUAAUACUGUAGCUGGUUGUGUCUUUAGACAUUGCUUCUUUCCUCCAUCCCAGUCACUUCUUUUUGUUUCUCUUUUCACCCAGAGUUUUAAAACAUUUUCCUUUCAAUUACCGCGUAUAAAAAUAGCUAUAGGAAUUCAACAUUAAACAAAGAAAGAACAUGAUCAUGAAGUGGCUAUUCUAGAGGUGAAGAACGUCAUCCAUACAGUGUCAGGAAAUUCAUUAGGAAAGGAAAAGGGAACUGAAUUAAGAGUCUCAUUUCAGUUUUCACUGAAAUGCUAUUAAAUGCUUUUUCCUAGGUCAACAGGGUGGGUGGGUGGAUGGGUAGGUAGGUAGGUAGGUAGGUAGAUGUUGAAAGUCUCCCACCAAUAAUCCUAUUGGAGAAGUUCUUCUGAUGAACAGCAUUGCCUACUUGGACUGCUUCAACUGAGGUAGGUCACUCUAUAAAGAAAAUAUGCUACAUUCUAAGGUGACUUCCCCAAGCUAGCCUUCUCUAAACGGGUUGGGACUUCAACCCUCAGAAUUACCAAUCGACCUACCUAGGAAUUCUGGGAAUUGAAGUCCUGACACAUCUGGAGGUGGCCAGGUUAGGAAAGGCCAUGCUAAGGCUUUAAACAUGUGGUCUAUGACCAUCUGUGCUGCCACCAGCGACCUAGAGGGCAACUAACAGAAGAAACAGGAAGAAAUCCAUCGUGGACAUCACAUCAAGGGCUUCAAGGGUUGUGAGGAUCAGCUGGAGGCAUCUUGUUAAACAGGCUGGUCUUGUGUCUGGUUUGCACACAGGCACACUACAGAAGUUAGGUUAGUGAGACCUUUGAACCAAAACACGAUGUGCACAUUUCACAGCUUUCUAUAUUUUGUGUGAGAAAAAUGAACGGCAGCAUUGAACAUAAGCCCCAUGUUCCAAAAUUGUUCCCUUUCUUCUCCAAUGAAAAGAGUUCAGACUGGAGAUUGAAGGAAGAUCUGGAGAGAUUGCCUGCCACAUAACACAAGUCAAAUCAGGGUCUGAUCAACCUGGGAGGAAGGUUCUGUGAACAGAAAGCAUUGGCUUCAUAGAGGGCCCUGGCAUGACACAAUGGUGUCUUGAAUAAACUGUGAUUGGAGAUGUUCAUAACAAUGUGCCAAAGCCAUAUACUAUGGUUGGUCAACCAUAAUAGCUAAUAGUAAGCUAUUAAGAGGUAAAAAUAAAGGUUUCCCUUGACCACUUGUGUCCAACUCUAGGGGGUGGUGGUUCUUAUCUCCACUCCUAGACAAGGGAGCCAACAUUGUCCAAAGACACUUCCACGGUCAUGUGGCUAGCAUGACUAUAUGCCGAGGUGCAUGGAAUGUUGUUACCUUCCCACUGAAGUGGUACCUAUUUAUCUACUUGCAUUUGCAUGCUUUUCAAGUACUAGGAGAACAGGAGCUGAGGCAAGAACGGGAACUCAAACUGUCAUGUGGUACUCGGGUCUCAAACUGCCAACCUUCCGUACGACAAGCCCAGCAUCUUAACCACUAGGCCAUUAGCUGGGUACUAAUCCAAAGCCAAGUUAAGCAUUUUGUUUCAACCCAGCCUA